AUAAAUAUAAUGUUGUCUAUAAAAGAAAAACUUGAUCAAAGCUUGGGACUGCUGAAAAAAUAUGACUGGUUGUUGAAUGCCUAUAUUCUGGACUUUUUUCUGGACGACCAUUGGAGUAAGCUUCCUGAAAACUGGCAGCAACGCUUGGAAAACAUUCCUUUGGAACACCUAGCAGAUCUGCUCGAGGAGCAUGAUCACCAGCUGAACUGGCCAGUGGAUCUAAUGGACCUGAAGCAGGAGCUGCAUAAACUUUACAUUGGCCGUGCGCCCAGGAACAAUGUCGAAAACUCCUUUCCCUGCCCACUCCUGGACCAUCCCAAGCUGAAGUACAUGUUCCUCAAAAGGGUGAAACCAAAAAAGCAUCAUGAGGUCACUCGAAUGGCGGAGAUUUGUGCCCUCAGCCAUCGGCAGACACCUGUUGAUUUCAUUGUCGAUUUUGGAGCCGGUGUGGGUCACCUGGCACGCAUCCUGGGCUACGGAUAUGGUCUGCAAGUGUGCUGCUUUGAGAUGCAACCCGAUCUCAACCAGCAGGCGAGCGAAAUCGAUCUGAAACUGGAGUCCAUGGCAGCAAAACACCUGUCGCAGAAGGAGUCCGAGCACUUCCAUCGACCUGUGCAUCUCACACAGCGCUUGGAAAGCGGCACCCAGCCAUCGCAGUUCCUCGCCAGCAUCCGGGAGGCCCUGCAGCUGGAGGACGACCAGUUUCGCUUCGGAAUCGUAGGCCUGCAUCCGUGUGGCAAUCUGGGACCCACGUUGAUGCGCAUGUUCCUCGGCUGCCCGCAGGCCAAGUUCCUCAACUUUGUGGGCUGUUGCUACCAGAAGAUGACCACGCAGGCCACGCAUCCCAGGGAGCAGGUGCAUGGCUACCCGCUGAGCAGAUUCUUCAGCGAAAAACCGGAAUGCCAGCUCAGUUACGAGGCCCGCGAGAUCUCCUGCCACGCCAUGGAGGUGUAUCACGAUCGUCUGCGGGCUGGGGACUACGAACACCUGCGAAUACACUCCCUAAGGGCCGCCGCCGAGCGAAUCAUUGUCCAGCAGUUUCCAGGCCUUCGGCAUUGUGCUCUGCGCAAUGUGAAGCACUCACCGGGCAUGACGUUCCACCAAUAUUUCCAGAAAGCCGUACAGGGAACUCGCUUCGAGGCUCUGGACAGCCGGCUUCUGAGUAGCGAGCAGACGGAAAUAGACCUGGCCAACUGGCAGCGGAUAAUUUCCUUCUACACACUUCGAUUAAUGAUGGCUCCGCUGGUGGAGAGCAUUAUUCUCUACGAUCGCUGCCUGUUCCUCAUGGAAAACGACUGUCAAGUGCGGAUUGAGGCCAUAUUCGAUCCCCGCCUCUCACCUAGAAACCACAUCACCAGGGCAGUGAAACCCUAACACAGAUAGAGUGGAAUUACCCUAAUCUGACCAUAAAUCUCACAAAAGUGCCCAAUCCCGUCUGAUUCUUAUCGUUAAGUGGUUAUGUUGGUUUUAUAUAUGAGUUUAUUUUUAUAUAGAUAAAGAUAAUAUCGUGACGCCGAUAAAAAAUG